GGAGCACCGGAGGCGUGUGAUGGAGAAGAGGCCCUUCCUCUCAGGAAGGUGAUCGCUGCCUCUCCUGAGAUCAAACAGCAGAUCCAGCAGCUGGAGUCUGAGCUCAGAAAGAAGCGGAAACAGUGUGAAAACCUUGAACAUGAAGUGAGGAAGAAGCACAAAAGAUACGCGGAGCUUGAAAUUCAGCUGCAGGAAGUGCGGAGUGAUAAUGCCCGGCUGUCUGAGGAGAAUGCUGAGCUGCAUAGGCAAGUGGAAUGGACAGAAAAGGUUGAGUCUGAAAAUGCUGACUUGAGGCUGCAGGUGGCCGUGGUGACGGAGGAACGGGAUUCAGCUCUUCAGAAAUCUCGGGAGCUCCAAAACAGGCUGGAGAGUCUUGGGCAGGCGUUGAAGCACAUGAGAGAUGUCGCAGAACGAAGGCAGCACCUGGAGCUGGAGCACGAGAAGGCCCUGCAGAACUUGCAAAAGAAGCAGGAUGAAGUUCGACAACUCCAGCAGGCCCAGGCUGAAGCGCAGAAGGAGCAUGAAGGAGCAGUGCAACUCUUAGAGAGUACCUUGGAUUGCAUGCAGGACCGUGUGAGAGAGCUGGAGGAUCAGUGUCGAAGCCACACAGAACAGUUUAACUUCCUCUCUCAAGAGCUCAGACGUUUCCAGCUGCAAACCGGGAAAAGCAGUCUUCGCUCAUCCUCCCCCUCAGUGGCUUCUGAGGUCCCCCUCACCACCUGCUCGACAUCUCCACAGCUCCCAGACAGCCACAAAGAGAAAGAUCCAGAGAUUGUCCCUGUGGCUCCCCAGUGCAGCAGGAAGGGCCACAAUGAAGGGUCUGAAGACUUCUCUCCCUUGGCACUCCGACAUGCCGAUCCCUCGCCACCCGCUGUCUCCAGAAGUCUGGAUUCAAGCACCCCUUCUGUCGCCUCAAAGAAGCUGGUCAGGAAACCAGAGUCCCAGUCCAACUCCUCGAAAUCGGAGUCCAUGCACAACAGUUCCAAAUCCUGCGCCACCCCUGAGUUGGACACGGCCAGUGAGAUGGAAGAGCUGGACAUUGAUAGCGUCUCGCUGAUUCCAGAGCUGGAUCACCAGAGUCCAGUGAAGCUCCACGUCUUUCUAGUGCGGUACAGCUACAACCCUUUUGACGGUCCCAACGAGAACCCAGAGGCUGAGCUCCCGCUGACAGCCGGCGAGUACAUUUAUAUUUAUGGAGAAAUGGAUGAAGAUGGCUUCUUUGAAGGAGAGCUGAUGGAUGGCCGGAGAGGCCUGGUCCCUUCCAACUUUGUGGAACGCGUUUCAGAUGAGGACUUGGUCACCUUCCUGCCCCAGGAGCUCAACGACCUCUCUCAAAGCUCCCCCCUGGAGCGAAGUUUUCUCAGCACGAGCAUCAGCAGCGGGGAGAGAAGCGAUUAUUCAGCCGAGGAACUCAGCGCUAGCACAGCGCCGUCCAGGCUAGAAGGGGACCGAGAAGAGCUUGGUGAUCCCAUGGCAGUGCCUUACCCCAGGAAGGUGACGCUCAUCAAACAGUUUGGCAGCAGCAUCCUGGUUGGCUGGGAGCCUCCCCUUCUGCCUGCCGGCUGCCCAAAUGUCCAAGGCUACAACGUUUAUGUGGACGCAGAGUUUUGGCAAAGCACCAAGGCUGGGUCCCCGACGAAAGCUGUGCUGGAGAAGCUGGACUUGAAGACGAAAGCCUACCGCAUCUCGGUGCAAAGCGUCUCGGAGAAAGGGAGCUCAAAUCGGCUGCGGUGCACGCUUCUGGUGGGGCACAAUGCUGCCCUGGCCCCCACGCAGCUCCAGAUACGGAAUCUCACGGCCACCUCGGCAGAGAUCUCCUGGCUGCCUAGCAACAGCAACUUCUUGCACACUGUGUCCCUCAACGGGGAAGAGCGCGAUACAACAAAGGCAGGGGUCUACUGGUACGCCUUCCGCAACUUGAACCCGAGCACCUCCUACGUUGCCAGGGUGGAAGUCCAACUUCCGGGAGCUCUCUGGGAAUCGACUCAAGAGAGGCAGGAACAGCCGUUGUGGGCAGAGAUCCACUUCGUAACGACUUCAGCGGGGUCUCCAGAUGCCCCACUGGAUGUCCGAGUGGAACUGGGUCCCUCCGCUGGGAUCCUGGCCAUCAGCUGGUUGCCAGUCACCAUCGAUGCCGAAGGAUCAUCCAAUGGGGUGCGAGUCACUGGCUAUGCCGUGUAUGCCGACAGACAAAAGGUGAUGGAAGUUACCUCCCCAACCGCCGGCAGCGUCUUGGUAGACGUUUCCCAGCUGCAGAUCCUCCAGGUGUGCCAGGAGGUGUCUGUAAGGACCGUGUCUCUUUAUGGAGAGUCGGCCGACUCAGUACCCGCUCAGAUCCCGUCGGCCUUGUUAGGAGACGUUGGCCGGUCCUCUCCAUCUAUGGCCACCUAUCUCACCUCUCAGCUUCCACGGGGGGAGGCUGAGGCUCCUCUCACCCCACAGACCUCCCAGGAACAUAGCUCUUCCUCUUCCAGUGCUGGUAAUCCUGUUGCCAAAUUCACCUCCCAGCCUAAAGCCGACAGUGAGGAUUCUGUGAAUUCUCCAGUCGUGGAGAUGUCCCCAAGCAGGCGUUCCAUUCCCACCAGGCCGCCUUCCGCUCACAUUCUGCAGGCACCGAUGAGAGAAUCAGGGACUGCACCAGGAGAAGAAGGGGAGUCCGUUGCGCCAUCUGCAAAAAGCGUAGCGGCAGAAGAUCCAGCUAAAGCCAGAAAGGAACUCAGAGAAGACAACCAGGAGCUUCUCCUCGUAGCCGAAGAACUGAAGCCAGAGAGGCCAGGCAGUGGCACCAGCAACCUGGAGGCGUGCGAAUCCUGCUCUGCAGAACAAGAGCCAAAAGAGCUGGACUCAAUGAUGCCAAGCCCUGGAGAACAUACCCCACAGAGAGAGGACAGCUCAGGAGACAUGGGCCAAAGUGACAAGCAAGGCUCGGAACUCUUCGCCGGGACUUUGGGGAGGAAGCUGUUGAAAGAAAUCUCCAGGGACGACCCCACUCUGACUGUGCCUCGGGUCAGAAGAGAGGGAGAAAAAAGACUGGAACCGGGAAAUCGUCCACUAAAUCUCCUUACUGACCACAGCCGCGGAUCUGACCUCUCUGACAUCAUGGAGGAAGAGGAGGAGGAAGAAGAAGAGAACCAACAGGCAAGCAGGCAAGGGGAGUCAAAAUGGGAUCCAGUGGAACACUACAGCAGAGAAAACGGAGAGAAGCUGGACCCAGCCGACACUGAUAGCGACGAAGAGAUCCUGGAACGGAUUCUGGAGAUGCCGUUGCAAAAGAAGUGCAGCAAAGCCCUUUUCAGCAUCCCAGAGGUGACCGAAGAAGAGGAGGAGGAAGACUGGGAGCAUGUGCCGAGGAAGAACCUCUCGCCCCCUCCAGAGAAGGCUGUGGGUUGCCUCCCGGAGAGGCCAGCACCAUACGAUACCAGAAGGACGAUGCCUCUUCCUCCUGUGAGUUCCCAGCAGGGGUCUUUGCCAAAAAGAAACCAAGCUCUCCCGGACCAGAUCUCUCCGGAAAGAGACCUGCUUCAGAAGCUCAGAGGAAAAGAUAACAUUCAUGAAGAUAAUGUCAACGAAGCACCGGCUUGCCCUGAAAUAUCCAGCAGGUGGAAUUGGGAGAGUCAAGAAAAGAGACUGAGUUCUCCUGGAACAGGAAGAACCUCCCAGUGGAAGAGGCCUAUUCGAUAUAAAGAGAAGGCCCACAGCCAAGCCCCGGCAAACCGGACUAGAAAGGGAGAUAUCCGAGAGCAUGGGUGCUCCUUGCUGGGCAGUUCUCACCAGACUGGGGGUGGUGGCCUGUACCGUACCCAGAGCCUGAAGGAGAAUUUGGAUGUGAUAACCAGCCUGGGUCUGGAGGAGACGUCGGAUUUAUACAGCUGGGCGAGGCCAAGGACCUACCAAGUGUCUCCAAGGAGGACGGCAUCCCAUGAGGUAGGGGAAGGUGGCCUCCGAGGCCUACCCCUCUGCGUCAGCCCGGAAAGUUUGGAAAUUGACAUAGAAUAUGACUCUGAAGAUGACCAAGAUCUGACCAUGACUUCCACCCCAGUGAGCCAGCUGAGUUCAGAUGGGCGGGCCGAUGGGUCUCCCACAGACUGUGAGGAUGGCUGGAGCGACUGCUCCAGUCAGUCAGAAUCCAUCCGGUCCAGCGGCCUGAGAGAGCUGAAGAGAAGCAGCAGCUGGGAGGACGAAAGCACGGAGUGGAUUGGGUCCCCAAGCCGCUCCCCUGGGCAUCGCUGCUGGGGGAAGAGGGCCUUGUUCGGCUUAGAGGAACGGAGCCGAAGCCUGGAGCGAAACCCUUCUCUCUGGAGAGCCGUGCCUGAGUGCCACUGGAAGGGGGGGUCAUAUGUGUCAGCACAACCACGGGUGGCAGGUAAUGGGAAUCCUGAGUCACCAAACUCAAUAUCCUGGCAGGAUUCGACCAGAAGAGGCAGAAGGCCCCAGAGGAAAAGGCAUGAAGUGGCACCUCUCACAGUGAGUUCCGGCUCUUGGAGGAGUCCCCCCGCUGAAACAAUGGAUAACAGGGACUCCGCUCGGCUGUUUGUGGCUCUCUUUGACUACGAUCCGGUUUCAAUGUCUCCUAAUCCGGAUGCUGCUGAAGAGGAACUCCCAUUCCAGGAAGGCCAGAUUCUAAAGGUCUAUGGCCACAAGGAUGCGGAUGGCUUCUACAGAGGAGAAUGCGCUGGGAGAGUGGGGUACAUCCCAUGCAACAUGGUCUCUGAGGUCCAGGUGGACAGCGAGGCAUCCAGGAAGCAGCUCUUACAGGAUGGUCGCAUUCCUGCCAGCAUGCUGGUGGAAAGCCUAGGGGAAAGCGCAAACUCUCUUCCUCCCCAAAGAAAAGCAGUCCGUCCUCCGAAGCCCCGGCGGUCCAAGAAAGUGGAACGAGACAAGCAGGAAGAAGAGCCCCCUCGCUCGGGAAUCCUUGAAGACCAAGAUCUCAGCUCUGAGGAUGACGCUCCAAGAACGAUGGUGGCCAUCUUUGACUACAGUCCCAAGGAGAGUUCUCCCAGUGUGGACAUGGAGGCUGAGCUAAAAUUUUGUGCUGGGGAUACUGUGAUUGUGGUUGGUUCCAUGGAUGAUGAUGGGUUCUAUUUUAGGGAGGUAAACGGGCGGAAGGGGCUUGUGCCAUCCAGCUUCCUGAAAGCCCUGCCAUCCGACGGUGUGCUGCCCGGUGAGCCAAGGCUUGGAAGGCAGAGAACGAGGAAACGAAGAGUCCAGUGACAGAGGCAUGACAGACAUCCAGAGAGGGAGAGACCAAGAGCGAUGGAGAGAAA